AUCAGAGGGGCCCUUGCGCGAGAUGUAUCGUCGGUUCCGCAUCUUUCCGUAGCAGGGGCGGAUCCCCUGGCUGUAUUGGUCUUCUCGGCAUCUGGGAGGGCGCUGAUUCGCCCGGACGUCGUUCGCUUCGUUCACGGCAACCUCGCUAAGAACGGACGCCAGCCUUACGCUGCUUCGAAGCGCGCCGGUCACCAGACCUCGGCCAAGUCCUGGGGCACUGGCCGCGCCGUCUCCCCUAUCUCCGCGGCGGCCUCACCUUCGCCCCCGCCAAGACCGAGUCGCGCGCGGAGGUAAUCUGCGAGCGAGUCACACGCAUAGAAAACCUCCACUUAUAUGACUUAGGGGCAAUAAAACUUGAUAUGUAAAGGGCAAUAAAAGAAAUAUUAUGUUUUUCCAUCGUUCCAAGACGCUUAUUUUCCUGCAGUCGCCUGUGGGUAUCAACAUAAGGUACCUCUGUGAUGCUUUCUCUCCUCAUUUCUGUCAAAAAGGAGCAGCCUUCUUGGUAGAUUUACCUGCGGAUCUUGGUCCUUCCAAGAUUGUAUUUUCUUCAAUUCGUUAAUGGCAAAAGAAGGCGUCUCUGUGAUUCCUGAUCUCCGUAUUUCCGUAAAAGAGGAGAGCCGCCUUUUAAUUUGCUUAUGAUUUGUUCUAUGCGGUGUAGAACUUUUUCUGCGAAAAAAAGUUCGAUUCUUUUUUUUUUUUGUUUGGAGGUAGAGACGGAGUUUUAAGACAACGUAAGUAUGCAUGAUAUAAAGCUGACCUCCUCCCUAAUUGGUGGAGAUGAAUCUUAAGCCUCAAUGUAGCAAUCUUUCCUUUCGUCCUGGUUGAUCUCCUUCAUGUUUGCUGCAGAUUCCGGGAUGAUGCUGCAUGCCCCGUCCAGGAGGCGAACCGUGGUGGAACACGCGGACGGCGGCGUCGAUGUAGUCCUCGCGACCUCCAUCGGGAACGGGGAGGAUUUGGGCCCUGCGGUUCGCCAUUCCUUCGAGUCCGGCAAGCCCGAGGCCCUCCUGCACCAGCUCAGGAACAUCGUGAGGAAGAAGGAGGUGGAGAUCGAAGAGCUGUGCAAGCUUCACUACGAGGACUUCAUCGUCGCCGUCGACGAGCUGCGUGGCGUGCUGGUCGACGCCGACGAGCUGAAGAGCAUGCUGUCGAGCGAGAAUCUCAGGCUGCAGGAGGUGGCCAGCGCGCUUCUGCUGCGGCUGGAGGAGCUCCUCGAGCUGUACCUCAUCAAGAAGAACGUCACCGAGGCCUUACAGACAUUGAAGGUCUGCGUCCAGGUCUCCAAGCUCUGCCUCACCUGCAACAUGCACGUCUCCAACAGCCGCUUCUACCCUGCACUCAAGACCUUGGACAUGAUCGAGCGCAACUACAUCCAGAACACCCCUCUCAAGCCCCUGAGGAAGGUGAUCGAGAAGCAGAUACCUGCGCUCAAGCUGCACAUCGAGAAGAAGGUCUGCAGCGAGUUCAACGACUGGCUCGUCCACAUCAGGAGCGCGGCCAAGGAGAUCGGGCAGCUGGCCAUCGGCCAGGCUUCCUCCGCCCGGCAAAGAGAAGAGGAGAAGCGGGCGCGCCGCAGGGAAGCAGAAGAGCAGAGCCGGACCGGCGUCGGCGACGUCGCGUGCGCGUUGGACAUCGAGCACAUCGACGAGGAUUCGAUGCUGGAGUUCGACCUUACGCCGGUCUACCGAGCUCAUCACAUUCACACCUGCCUUGGGAUCGAGGAGAAGUUCCGCGACUACUACUACAAGAACAGGCUGAUGCAGCUCAAUCUGGACCUGCAGAUCUCGUCGGCGCAGCCGUUUCUUGAAUCCCACCAGCCCUUCUUCGCGCAGAUCGCCGGCUUCUUCAUCGUGGAGGAUCGAGUUCGGCGGACAGCAGGGGGACUGCUAUCGGACAGUCAGGUGGAGGCGAUCUGGGAGACGGCCAUCGCGAAGAUGACAUCCGUUCUGGAGGAUCAAUUCUCCCGCACCGAUACAGCGAGCCACCUUCUUCUUAUCAAAGACCUCGUCACUCUUCUCGGGGCCACUCUCACCGGCCAUGGCUACCGGGUAGCGCCCUUGCUCGAGGUGCUCGACAGCAGCAGAGACAAGUACCACGAGCUCCUCCUCAGCGAGUGCUGGAAGCAGAUCAGCGACAUCCUGGCCAGUGAUUCCUUCGAACAGAUGGUGAUCAAGAAGGAGUACGAGUACAACAUGAACGUGUUGUCGUUCCAACUUCAAUCCUCCGACAUAAUGCCUGCAUUCCCAUACAUCGCACCCUUCUCCUCCUCUGUUCCAGAUGUGUGCCGCAUCGUGCGCUCCUUCAUCGAGGACUCCGUCAACUACUUGUCGUACGGAGGUCACAUCAACUUUUACGAAGUGGUCAAGAAGUACCUCGACAAGCUCGUGAUCGGUGUGCUGAACGAAGCUUUGCUCAACAUGAUCCAUACUGGUAAUCUCGGCGUGUCGCAGGCGAUGCAGAUUGCGGCGAACAUAGCAGUCCUCGAGGGCAGUUGCGAUCUCUUCUUGUGGCAGGCUGCCCAACUCUGCUCGGUGCCUCUGCGCUUGGUGGAAAGGCCUCAUGCCGGAUUGACUGCCAAGGCUGUCCUCAAGGCGUCGCAGAAUGCAGCUUACAAUGCGUUGGUGAACGUGAUCGAUUCCAAGUUGGAUGAGUACUUGGCGCUCAUGAACGGCAUCAAUUGGACGGCAGAUGAAGCUCCAGAGAACGCGAACGACUACAUCCACGAAGUCGUUGUCUACCUCGACUUCCUCAUCUCCACCGCUCAGCAAAUUCUGCCCGCAGAAGCUCUCUACAAGAUCGGUGUCGGUGCUCUGAAUCAUAUCUCGGAUUCGAUCGUGGCAGCCUUUCUUAGUGAGAGUCUGAAGAGGUUCACCCUCAAUGCUGUCAUCGGCAUCGGCAAUGAUCUGAAGACAUUGGAAGCGUUUGCGGCUGAAAGGUUCCAGAGCACGGGGUUGAGCGAGUUGAAGAAAGACCGAAGCUUCAGAGAUUGUUUGGUGGAAGCGAGGCAGCUGUUGAAUCUGCUGGUGAGCAAUCAGCCUGAGAACUUCAUGAAUCCGGUGAUAAGAGAGAAGAAUUAUGGUGCUUUGGACUACAAAAAGGUUGCGAGCAUCUGCGAAAAGUUCAAGGACGCACCAGAUCGGUUGUUUGGGAGCCUGUCGAGCCGAAACACGAAGCAGGAUGCUCGGAAGAAGUCGAUGGAUAUGCUGAAGAGAAGGCUGAAAGAUUUCAGCUGAUGCCAAGGAUUGACCUCCAGACAUGUUAGCUUGUUAUGGAUUCCUGUAAGCUCUUCUUUUCUUAAUCUAAAUUAAGUAGCCAUAAGAAUCUAGCAUGCAACUCAUAGUUUUAAGCUUCCAAUAAUCAUCAAUUGCUAUUAGAAAAAUCAAGACCCAACUUCUCAUGUGAAUUCAUUUAGGCCAUGACAAGUGAUUCAGUUGCGUGCGAGACACAUUUUGCCGGCAAUCAACUAAAAAAUUUAGAUAUGGAUACUCUUCUCUUCAUCUUUCCUUUCCACAUUGAAAUGGAUGCAGGCAUUAAAAUAGCUGCAUCUGCAACUUCUACCUACAAUAAUUACUUGCAAGCAUUUUCAAGUAUAAACAACCACUCUUUUAGAUGCAUUUACUUGUUGCCUGCUUUCUAUAUUCAUAUUGCAAACUGCAAAUACAUUUCCAGCCUGCUCCUAGCAAAUCUACAGUCUAAGCAAAAAUAUGAAUAAGUCAGGUGCUCAUCAGUUUACUUGUACCAAUCCACAGUCCUUUUUGCUGGACUUGGCUGCCAAGGGGAUAGGCACUGGAACAAGUCAUUUGAAGGGGUUAGGUUUUGCCAUUCAUUUACACAGGCAUAACUGCUUGCACUCAAUUGCAAAUGUAGUGACAUAUAAUGAGUAAGAUGAAGACAUCAAUAAUACCAACAAUGCCAGGAGAAAUUAGUAUAUACAUUGACAAGUUGUAGUUCUAAUGAUUUAGCAUAUAAAGCAACCAAGGAUGAAGCAAUAAUGAUCAACGAUCAGGCAUUAUCUAAAAACUCAAAAGAGGAAAGAAACACAAUACCGAGGAAAAUUUAAGCAACAUGGAAGGCAAAGACUCGAGAAUGUCCAUGUGAAACAGAAGGAAAAGAUGUGUUUGGAAGUGCCAUAUGCUUGAUAUGUUUACACCAAAUAGGAGAAAAAAACAUCAACAAACCAUUGUCUAAAAGUUUGCUGCACUAAUCACAAAUUUGGCCUCAAAGAGAAGUCUUUACAAUGAUAAAUUAAAAGAGACAUUCACUUGUAUCUAUCGUCUUAUUGUAUAUUUAGUUCAAAGUUUAUGCCUAAAAAGAGCUAAUAUCUGAGCACGUUAUCUCCAUCAUGAAGAAAGACUCGAGUGGAUAAAUCACAAAUACUUCUGCAACAAAGAACGCUUAGGAAAGCUCAUAUGUGAUAGAAAAAAGAAAAAGAAAUGUUUCCAUGACAUGAGAUACACUUCCCUCUCUUGUAAUCAUAGGUAGGAACUUUUCCAUAAUCACAAGCUCUACAGAGAAAUGAAACAACAUAAUGUAAUUUUUUUUCCAUUUUGUUGGCACAGUUGAAACAAAAUUUGGUAGAACAGAUUAUACAACACACAUACAGCCAAAAUAUCCAACUCUUCACAAACUGUGUAACGAGACAAAAUAUGUACAUGACCACAUGAAUGCACAGAGAAAACCAACAUUUGCCUUUUCUAUCAAUAUAUGCAUUACCUAUAGAAGGGGAUAUUGUUUCAAAAGAAUUCAGAGUGUAAGAAAUGUUAAAAAUGCAUGACAGACAGUAAUAAGCAAAUUAUGAGUGACAGGAGUGCUGUGCAGAAAAUUCUACCAUCAAUGAUCUACUGUUAGGAUGGUCAACUGCAAUCAAAGGAUAUGCUCAUGAUCACACUUUUGCAAACAUACGUAUGACCAGGUUACAAAAAAAAAAAAGAGAAAAAGAUACAUAAAUCAUGUUUGUGUACUAUGUCUGAAGGUCUGAUGAUACGAAUUUUAAAUAGGAAAGAUAUUGCAUCUUCAUCACCUAGAGAAAAUAACAACGAUGACAAAGCAUUAACAGGAAAGAAACAAAAAAUAUAAUUAAUAUUUAGAGAAUAAGAAUAAAAGAGUGAUAGCUUCCAGCAGAAAUACAGCUAUUUAUCAGCUAAGGCAAAACCUUCAGCCAUAGCAUAGAACAGUAAUCAAGUCCCUAUAGGCACUGAUGGGAAUUUGCAGUAAGAAACAACUAACAUACAUUAAAAUUUACAUAAAGAGUUAUGGGCCAAACUGAAGAAUAUAUAAAUAUUUCAGAAUCAAAACCAAAAGAAUCAAAUUUAAAAGAAAAACAUUAUUACUUGAGACAUUGAGAUGCUAUAGCAUAAGCAUAACUAUGAUUAAUAUGUAAACAAGCCAUUUAUUAAUAUUUGAGAAAAACUAAAGUAAAGUUUUCAUACGAUGACAAGAUAGUUCCACCACCAACCCAUUGGGUAAAGCCAGUAAUUAAUAUUUUGCAAUCUUCCACCAAGCAAGCACAGUUUAUGCAAGAUGAAAAAAGGCAAACAGUAAGCUUUAAUGUUUGAUAUCUAUCUGACUAAUAACAAUGUCAUCACCAUAUAAAUGCCACACAAAAUGAUCCACAACAAUGCAUCCACAGGACCAUAAAAGGUAGAAAGAUAUAACAGAAGAAAGCAAUCAUAUACCUAUGCGCUCUGGCAGAGACAGCUCCAGAGAUGAAGCAGUGCAGGGCCAUAGUAUCAGUCACAA